AUGGCACAACCGUCGCAAACACCCGGUUUAGACACUCUCGCUGAGGGCUCGCAUUAUGCCUUGGAGCAAUUGCGUCUUGCGCGCGAGGUCGACAUGAAUACCGACAACAACAACGAGUUCAAAAAAGAUAACAAGGCCGCCGCGGAUCCUGUUAACUCAAGAAUGCAGAUUAUGCGCAGUCCGCUUUCGGAUACGAGGGCUGGUAUUCGCAAGCACUCUACUGAUGCGGCUUCGGUGCGGCGACGGAUUAGUCGUGCUUGCGAUCAGUGUAAUCAGUUGAGGACGAAAUGUGAUGGGCAGAGCCCCUGUGCACAUUGUACUGAGUCCGGCCUGAGUUGCGAAUAUGCUAGAGAAAGAAAGAAACGUGGAAAAGCCUCAAAAAAAGAUCUUGCGGAAGCCGCUGCAAAGGCUAGUGGUGGUACUCCCGUCUAUGAAGCAGUGCCAGAUCAAUCAUCUCAGUUAUCAGGCGUGAUGGCUUCAGAAAAUGAUGCACGGCUGAGUCAGUCGAGACGGUCCUUUUCAGAAUCGCAAGUUGCGGGUCAACAACCGGGCCUUGCUAGUCUGCGCGAACUUGCACAACAACCACCACAGUCACGACCAAGGCAGUAUUUCUCAGCGGCGAACAUGAAUUCAAUGACUAUGAAUGAAUAUGGGGAUGUGCAGAAUGUAGAUCGAUCAUUCAUUCAGAUGCCUGAUUUGCGAGACUUGCAGCCGCGGUCGCCUCCCGCAAUGGUUCCGGCUGGGUUGAAUGGAUUUCACGAUGCGUAUAAUAUGGUUGAUCAUGCGCCGACUAAUAUGAAUCAAUACCAAUAUCCGCAGUCCGGAGAAGAUGCAUCAGCAAACCACUUUACCGGCCUCACGCCUCCUGUUCAGUCUCCAGGGUGGUUACCCUUGCCAACACCAUCGGGCUUUCCCUCGCUGAAUAUGUCUAAUGGCUUCGCCAGCACAUUGAAAUAUCCCGUGCUAGAGCCAUUGUUACCUCAUAUAGCUUCGAUUAUUCCACAGCCGCUGGCAUGCGAGCUUCUUGACCUUUACUUUGCCAGCACGUCCGCCUCACAUGUCUUCCCCCAGUCACCGUACGUUGUUGGACACGUAUUCCGAAAAAAGUCCAUCUUGCACCAAACUCAGCCGCGCACAUGCAGUCCUGCUCUAUUGGCGAGUAUGCUUUGGGUAGCAGCUCAGACUAGCGAUGCGCCAUUUUUGACGUCCCCUCCAUCAGCGCGAGGGAGAAUCUGUCAGAAGUUACUUGAAAUUACGGUUGGCUUGCUACGACCUUUGAUACAUGGUCCUACGCCCGGAGAGACGUCUCCAAACUACGCUGCUAAUGCAGUCAUCAACGGAGUUGCGUUGGGGGGAUUCGGUGUUUCAAUGGAUCAAUUAAGUGCUCAAAACAGUGCCACCGGAGUAGUUGACGAUGUUGCCACCUACAUUCACUUAGCGACUGUGGUAUCAGCGAGUGAGUACAAAGCUGGAAGUAUCCGCUGGUGGGCAGCAGCCUGGUCUUUAGCACGCGAAUUAAAACUUGGACGCGAACUUCCGCCAACGCCUUCACAACCCCAAAGUCAUGAUCGAGAUGGUAAUAUCGACAUGGAACCCAAGACUUCACGAGAUACGAGUCAUAUCACCGAGGAAGAACGUGAAGAGCGUAGACGAAUAUGGUGGCUUCUUUACGUGAUGGAUCGCCACCUGGCAUUAUGCUACAACCGGCCCUUGACAUUACUGGAUAAAGAAUGUGAAGGUUUGCUACAACCGAUGAACGACGAUGUCUGGCAUACCGGCGAUUUCGCGAAUGCUGGGUACCGACGAGCAGGCCCAAGCUUCGAAUGCACAGGACAUGGGAUGUUUGGGUAUUUCCUGCCAUUGAUGACUAUGCUCGGUGAGAUAGUCGAUUUGAAUCAUGCGCGUAACCAUCCACGGUUUGGCAUCCACUUUCGCACGAGCGGCGAGUGGGAUAGUCAUACAGUAGAGAUUACUCGACAGUUGGAUGUCUACGAACAGAGUCUACGCGAGUUUGAGACUCGACAUCUAGCCUCUUUGGGCAUUGGUAGCGAUGGUGCUUCUGGCGCUGACGCUGGUUUCAACGCUCCUGUGGCGCCUACGGGGAUUGACCACGUCAGUCCAUCAGCAAGGUCGUCAAGCACGGUGGGCUCUCGAGUCAACGAGUCGCUUAUGCAAACGAAAAUGGUCGUUGCAUAUGGCACCUAUCUCAUGCACGUCCUACAUAUCCUGCUUGUCGGAAAAUGGGAUCCCAUCUCUUUAUUAGACGACAACGAUCUAUGGAUCUCAUCAGAAGCCUUCAUCACAGCCAUGGGCCACGCCGUCAAGGCUGCCGAAGCAGCAUCCGAUAUCUUAGAAUACGACCCUGAUUUGAGUUUUAUGCCAUUCUUCUUCGGCAUUUAUCUAUUACAAGGCAGUUUCCUGCUACUGCUUACAGCAGAUAAAUUACAAGGCGACGCUGAUCCGAGCGUUGUCAGGGCAUGUGAAACUAUAGUACGAGCCCAUGAAGCAUGUGUUGUGACGCUGAAUACUGAGUAUCAGCGCAAUUUCCGAAAAGUCAUGCGUUCCGCGCUGGCGCAAGUCCGUGGCCGUGUGCCCGAUGAUUUCGGCGAGCAGCAACAACGACGGCGUGAGGUGCUUGCGCUUUAUCGAUGGACAGGCGACGGCAGCGGAUUAGCUUUAUGA